CAGGAGCUGAAUACAUAAGUGUUUUAAAAUAACACACGAUCUGAUUUCAUCGGUCGUAUGCCAUUUUAAAACUUGGCAAAACUUGAUUAAUUUUCUCUCGCUCGCUGAACUAUGUUGAGCUUUCUAUAUUUAAAAUCAAAUAGAUAUAUAAGGAAGUAUCGGUUAAGAAGAAAAGACAGAAAAAGUACAAAGAGUACAGUGUAUGCGGGAAAGAAACGCUAAAAGAUCUGUUAUUUGUAGAUGUGUUGUGUUACACUUUUUGCACUCGUGAGAGAGAAAAGGCAAAAAUGAGGAAGAAAGAAAAAAUUAAAUAAUUCAUAUAUAAAAUGUUUCAGCAAAUCGAAUUAAGUAAGAGACAAAUCUAUAUAGCACGUUCUCAUCGAGUGAACACUGUUUUGAGCUAUGAUUUUCUUUAUCGAUAAUGCUCAAGUGACAGAAACGUCAUCGAGGAUUAUUCAUAGAUUACUGUUUGCGCUCUAGCGACGCUGACAGUUGACGUAAGUGAUAGUACUUUCGCGGCGAAGAUGCGAGGGAGAGUACAGUAUCACAUAUUGAUCGAGUAACACAAAAGACAUCUUGAAAUCUCGAUUAAUAUGAUUGAAGGAAUUGAGGACGUGAUGCAUUGUCGUAGCUGUGCGAGAUAGCCUUUGCGACACAUUGAUUUAAACUAUCUUCGGAAUUGAGGACCAGACAUGAGAAUCAAUGAGAAAGAACUCGCGGAAGUGAGCUUUGGGCCUGCAGAUAUCGAAGGGCGUCUAAAUCACAAAAGGGCUCACAAGUCAGUGUUUAAAGAAAAAUGGUUUAAACUGAGAUACAAUUUGCUGUUUUAUUUCAACAUCAAUGAUUUAGGACAAAUUGAUACACGACAACCCGCUGGUGUUAUUAUUCUAGAGAAUUACAGCAUCAAUAUAGAUACUUCAUCAGAAGGAGUAUUCGCAUUCAGCAUCUCAUUUCGGGAUGAACACGAGAAACGGCAUGUAUUGAGCGGUCGAUCUGAAUCUCAAGUGGAACAAUGGAUUAAUGCACUCAAAAAAGCAAGUUAUGAGUAUUGGAGAUCCCAAUUAAUCAUGCUUCAAGAAGAGUUAUGCAAAAAAACAGGAAAAGAUCCUUUACUCAUGUAUCCUAGAAAUCAGGGUGUUAUACGAGAUGAAGCUUGGGAAUCUACUUCUACGUUCAGAUCUCACAUACGCUCAUUCACAGCAACAGUAUCUUCAUCCACAAUAGAUACAAUUACAAGAGAAGUUAAUCUCAUAGAACUUUAGUAAAUCUUUUUCAUUAAGCAUAAUGUGUCUGAAUGGAUUUUUUAAAUUAAGAAAGUUAUACGGUAUGUUAUCACACAUCACAGCAAAAUUAUUUCUAAAUAUGUAAAAAUACAACGAAAUAUAAAUAUUUUUUAUUAACAAUAUACAAUUUUACAACAAUAUUACAAAAGAAAUGUAAGUAUUAAUAUUUAUGCUUAAUAUUUUUUUAUGACUAUGACUGCAUUUGUAUAGCUUGUUCUUGUGUUAAAAACAGUCUGUCUUUUUUUUAAUUUGACAUUUUUAGCACAAAAGCAAGCUGUCCAAACGCACCUCAAGAACUCUUGUGCACUAUCAGACAUAGAUAAUACAUCAGUCAGUAUCUUAAAAACUUAUAUAUUACACAUAUACAUAGGAAUUGUAAUUAUUUUGAUACCCACCGUUUCUACCUCUUUCAAUUUGAUGAAGUAUUCAACUAAUAGAUACUCAUUUAUAUGUAAAUUAUAUAUUUAUAAUAAACA